AUGGUCAUUAAAAUUGAUAUGGCAAAGGCAUUUGAUAGAGUCAAUUGGGACUUUCUUCUUCAGGUUUUAUCUCAGAUGGGAAUCAGCUCUCAUUGGUGCAACCUGAUAUUUCAAUGCAUUUGCACUACAAGUAUGGCUGUGCUGGUCAAUGGAUCUCCAGGAAAAUUCUUCAAACCCUCUAGGGGGCUAAGACAAGGGGACCUCUUAUCCCCCUAUCUAUUCUUAUUAUGUAUGGAAGCCCUAUACAGCAAGAACACUUCCCCGGACAUUGCUGAUAACAUCAGUAAUACUUUGAAGGUUCAAAGGAUUAAUCCAACAGACAAGUAUCUGGGUUCCCCUCUGUUCACCACAAAAAGCAAGAUCCAAGAUUUCAAGCCUUGUGUAGACAAGCUUAAAUUCAGAUUUGCUGGAUGGAAAACAACUCUCUCUACUGCUAGAAAAAUGACAAUGAUUCAGUCUGUCACUUCCACAACUAGUAUAUAUCAUAUGAACUUCUUCAAAAUUCCAAAACCUAUAUGCAAUGAUAUCAAUGCCAUCCAAAGAGACUUUUUCUGGAAUAAAGAAGAAUACAAAUCCAAAGGAUUCUAUUACUUUGCUUGGGAUGCAGUAAACAAACCCAAAGAAUUAGGAGGUAUGGGAUUCAAAAACAUGGAAAUAUUCAAUAUGGCUAUGCUUACUAAAAUUGCUUGGAGACUUGUCUCAGAGCCAAACUCCCUAUGGAGUAAUACUAUGAAGGCAUUCCACUAUCCCAACACUGAAGUCAUAAGAUUAGAUACCAAACCAAAGGUCACAGACUCUUGGAUCUGGAAAGGAAUUCUAGAAAGGCAUAGCUCUUCUCCAACAAUAUUACUUUUGGAAGGUGGGAAAUGGAGUGAACAUACAUAUUUGGGAAGACAGAUGGGUCACAAACCUCCCAGGGAGACUUCAAAAACCAAGCCUCUGCCCAGAGAAUCUCAUAUCUGUUAA